AUGUCAUUUGCUGAUUCAUUCUGGACGCUGGACUACUCCCUGGGGUUCAAGGUCCUAUUUGAACAGCUCCAUCAAGGCAUCUGUGAAAAUGAAGAUUUCAUCUCCCUCUUCCACAAAAGAAUGGAGCUGGAGCUCUUGUAUGGCACCCAACUUGAAUCAAUUGAAAAAACUGCCAUCAAAUCCACCAAGAACAAACGACAACUCAACGACGACUAUGUUUCCACUAUUAAGAACGCGUACCUGAAGAUGAAUGAAAAUUUCACCAAACAAGGCCAAUACCAUUUGGAAAUUGCCAACAAUAUCAAGACAUUGGUGUUGGCACCAUUCAGUAAAUGGUGCAAGGAGCAUCAGGGUAGAGUUGAAUAUUCCGAGCUGAUGAUUUCCGAAAAAAGUAAACUUUUCAAGCUGAAAAAGGCCCAUUUGGAUAAAUUGCAAAAGAGAUACUUUAACAAAUGCAGAAUGUUGGAAGAAUGCAAGUCUCAUUAUACCGAAGAAGAAUUGAGAGAGGAGUUGGAUGAAUUGACAUUCCAACAGAAACUAGAGGAUGCUUAUGAAGAGGAAGUUCCUGACGAUGAAGAAGAAAGAUACUAUUUCGGCAACAUCACUUAUGACCAUAAACAAAUGAAAGCAUUGUUAACAGACAUGUUGACAAACAUCCCCUUGACGUCUCACAAGGUGGCUAUUUUGGGGACUUACCACAAUGUGUCUACUGGAAGUUCCAUUAUCCAAUGGUUAAUUGACAAUUUACCCCAAUUCAAUCGUAAUUUAGAGAAAGCAGAAAAAUUUGCUCUGGAAUUAAUCAAUAACGGAUUCAUUAGACUUAUCGGAACUAUGACCAGUGGUAAAGGAUUUAUAAACAGCUCUCAAUUCUACUACCAAUGGAAACCACUUGCAUUUGAAAUUACAAAGUUGAGUCAAUUACAAAUAUCCAGUUCAACCGAAGAUACCAAUAAUGCAAAUGGCACUGUGCCUAAGAUUGAAGGAACAGGUGGUGCCAAAAUCCAAGAAUAUUUCGAUGAUAUGAAAGAAGCCAUCGGCGUAGGUGCCGUCGACUAUACUGACCCAGCUCAGCUCCCUAAAUUAAUUAAAGAAGUGAAUCAAUUAGACCAACAAUAUUACGCCAGUGUAGUUGAUCUCGACAAAACCAGAUGUGAAUUUGAAGAGCUUAUAAUGGACCAUUUGACAUUUAUGCAAAAAUGUGAACUUGACAGAUUAAAAGCCAUCAAAAAAGUGAUGUUUGAUUUCUUGGCUAGCUUUUCCAAUGGGAUGGACGAAUUGAAGAAUUUCUAUGACGAAUUAUUGUUAUUGGAAGAAACUAUUCACCCUAUUAACGAUUUGAAGUUCUUGAUUGAAAAUUACGCUACUGGUGGUUUUAAGCCUUGCGUGGUUUUAUAUGAUAACUAUUAUGAUUCGCACGUUAAACAGACAUUUGGGGUAGACUUGAACAUUAAAUCAAGACUUGAUAAGAAGGUUGUUCCUAUAUUGGUUCAAUGUAUAUUGAGUUAUUUAGACUCGGUGUAUCCUGAUUUGGAAAACGAUGAAGAACGUAUCAAUCUCUGGACUCAACCUAUCCAUCUCGCCCAAGUACACAAAUUAAGAUCGGAGCUAAACGAUAACAACAGCGAUCCACAAUAUAUCAACUCGAUCCUCGAACAAAACCACCCAUUGGUAAUCACCAAUGUAUUAAAGCUUUAUUUCAUGGAAUUACCCGAUUCCAUAGUGCCACGUACCAACUAUGAUGUGAUCAAAUUGCUCUACCUCAACUACCCACCCAAUGAUGAAUCCAAAACCAGUUCCAGAAUCAACGGAUUGCAAAACAUAUUGUGUGAUUUGCCCAAAUGCAAUAUCGCCACUUUGGACGCAUUACUCACUCACAUUGCCCGAUUGAUCAACAUUAUCGGAUCCAAAGAUGAAACUCUUGCCGUCACAUUGCAAUCUUCGUUGGCCAAGGAGUUUGCUCCGCUUGUUUUAAGACAAAAGGAACAGUCUGAACUCAAUGAUAAACAUCAAGUUAAUUUCAUUACUGAUUUGUUGAAUCAUAAAGAAACUAUAUUCACGGAGUUGAGAAGACAGAGCUCAACAAGACCAGCAAACAGUGCAAGUAGAGAUAAUAGUGCUCAUGUGAGUCGUGCUGGUUCCGCACAUAAAGCGUUGACUCCCAAGGAAAGUGUAGCUGCUACUUCUAGAUCCAGGUUGGAGCAACGUUUACAAACUGUGGUACGUAAAUCUAAGAAGGAAACUAAGGAGGAUAGUUCUUCUGAUAGUGCUCCGGAAACUCCUACAAAAGUUGGAUCCUUAAAGAGAUCAUCUUCUCCGAAAAAGAGAUUGAGUGCUAUAUUGGUUGAUGAAGAUGUAGCUAGAUCACUUUCACCAAGUAAGGCACCAGAUACUCCAAUCAAAGAGUGA